AUGCUGAAGGACUCUAUUAAGUGGCUUCCCAAAUCUCCUAAACUGUACAGUGGCUACAACUGGAGUUCCCAGGGUUCUCGCUGGGCCUCAUUGAAAGGAAAGGAGGGUUUGCAUGGUGGUAACCUGUACAAAUUCAGCUCUGCUAAUGGAAAAUGGAGAGAAGGAAGGAUCAGUCCUGAGCAAGAAGCAGAGGAACUCGAGGAUCCUGAUGAUGAACCUAUUUCCAAGUUUUCUGGCAGCCUUUUUGAUAGAAACGAUAGCAUGCGAGAUCAAAGAAAUACCAGAACAACGCUUCAAGAAAAGCACAAGUUGGCAAUGAAAGGGAAGACUCUUCCAGGAUCUAACACCAAGGUGCAGCCACCUGUGUCAGCAGCAGGCAGCUUCCCCAGCGAGAGCGGCCGGAUCGCGGAGGAGCUGCGGCUGCGGGAUGUGCCGCAGCCCCCGCUGAAGGUUACCAUUACUGUGUGCAGUCAAAUGGGGAGUCUUGGUAUUAGCAUUGCUGGUGGAAAGGGCUCAUCUUCAUGUAAAGAAAGUGAUGAGGGGAUCCUGAUUGCACGGCUGCCAAAAGACGGUCCAUCAGACUUGGCUGGGGUACAAGCAGGAGACAGAGUGGCUGAGGCAACCUUUGUUUCAGAACCUGCUGCCCUUGAUGCUGGUCCUACUGAAGCUUCACCCAAGGGCAGCCCCUUCCCGACAGUCAACCAUGUCAUAACAAUACCUCGGAUAAUCCUCACACGCCCUUCCACUUCUGAUGAAGAUGCCGACCAGUUGCCCCCAGACCCUGAUGACUUUGAGCCCGAGGAGCCUGACAGCGCAGAAGGCCAUGCCUAUUCAGACUGUCUGAGCAGUGCUUUUUAUUCUCCCUAAUAAAGUACUUUUCUGGCAGGAGUUCAUGGGUGGUUUUCUUUCCCAUUGUUUGAUUACAUUUAAUGUAGUACUUGAACCGCAAUGCCUUAUUUAUAGUGAAAACCAUUACAUGGAAGAUGGAUUUGUGAGAAGAACCCUGUUUGUAUUUCUUUGCCUUGAACUUUCGUUUGGCAAGAACUCGUGAACCUGAAAGUAAACGCAAGGGGUCAAGUUAUGUGAAUGUCAACACAUGUUUCAGUAGCCACUUGGAAAGGUAUCCUGCAGCACCUAAAUGUAAUGGAGAAAAAAGCAGGUGAUUUUUAUUCAGGAGGUACUUUACCCAUUUGGAAAUACACUGAAAAUAAUUGUAUAGUUGGGUGGGAUUUUUUAAAUCUUGUGUCCAUGUUUUGUCUAUACAGCUCAUCCUUCUAUCUCCCCCAGGUUCCUUUGAUUUGUCCAUGUUAAUGUCAUUUUCUAUGAGAACUAAAAGAAAUACUGUCU